UGCCAGGACAUCCACAGGAAGCGUAUGGAAAAGGACUUAUUGGAGCUGCACACCCUGAUUGAUGCUCACUUUGAGCAAAGGAAGAAGGAUGAGGAGGAACUAAUUGGUCUGAAGGAUCGCAUUGAACGCCGUCGAGCUGAUAGGGCUGAGAUCCAGAGGGUUAGAGCAGAGAAGGAGAAAGACCGGCAGAUCCGGAUCGCGGAGGAGCGUCACAGAAAAGAGGAAGAGGAGGCCAAAAAGAAGGCAGAUGAUGAUGCCAAGAAGAAGAAAGUGCUAACUGGCAUGGGAGCCAACUUUGGAGGCUUCCUGACCAAGGCUGAGUCGAGGAAGAGCAAACGGCUGACAGGCAGGGAGAUCAAAAGGAAGACACUGGCUGAUAGACGGCAGCCUUUAGGCAUCGAUAAUAUGAGAGAGGAUGGUUUAAGGAACCGGGCGCAGGAGAUGUGGAACUGGAUCUACCAGCUGGAAUCUGAGAAAUUUGAUUACAUGGAGCAAAUGAAGCACCAAAAAUAUGAGAUUACUGUGUUACUGAACAGAAUUCAACAUGCUCAGAAAUUUAAAAAAGUUCAUGGUAAAGGAAAGGUGGGUGGUCGCUGGAAGUAAGGCCCGAAAAACAAAAACAAAUAUAUAAAGAUACCACAGGAUAAUG